CUCUCUCUCUCUCUCUUCUGUGUAUCUAUCUAUAUAUAUAUAUAUAUAUAUGUAUGUAUAUAUACGGACACAGACUUAUCUCUGUCUCUCGUGGAAUUCAUCCCAAGUCCCGUACUCCAAACUCAAACCAAAAUCAAAUCGAAUUUUCCACAAUAAAGAUAUCCUAAAUUCCUAACUUUCUUACUUUCUUCUUCACCCAUGGCUUCUCCUCACUUUCUCUCUCCUCCUCGCAAUCACUUUCUCUCUCUCUGACUUCGGCGGCGGAAGAUGCGGUCCCCUCAGCCGCUCAUCAACGGCGGCGGCGAGACUCCCUCUCCUCGCCCUCGAAUCCAAGCCCAAUCUCCUCACUUCCACUCCACCGUCUCCGUACAGAAGCUCCGCCGCCUCAACACCCUCAUUUUCGUCUUCCGAUUUUGCACUUUUUGUUUCUCCACCGCUGCUUCCGUUUUCAUGCUCGUUAACCCUAGAAGCUCCGAUUCGCCUCGCUGGUACAAUUUCUCCGCCUUCAGAUUCGUUUUGGCUGCCAAUGCCAUAGUCGCUGUGUAUUCAUUGUUCGAAAUGGGAGCUUCUGUUUGGGAGAUUUCCAGAGGCGUCACUUUGCUCCCUGAGAUCCUUCAGGUCUGGUUCGACUACGGCCAUGAUCAGGUUUUCGCGUACCUGUUACUGUCGGCGAGCUCAGCGGGGACGGAGUUUGCUCGGACGCUGAAGGCGGGGGACACGUGUACGGCCAGCAACGCGUUUUGCGUACAGUCCGACAUAUCCAUCGCCUUGGGAUACGCCGGCUUUCUGUUUUUGGGGCUUUCCUCGCUGCUUUCGGGAUUUCGGGUCGUCUGUUUCAUUAUCAACGGAACUCGUUUUCAUCUCUAGACUAGACUAGACUAGACAAUCAGUGAAUCUGAGCCCUUUAUUUAUUUAUAAUGAACGGUUUUGAUUUGUUUGAGAGAGGGAGAGUAUUUAUUUGGAUGUGUGAGAGUAUUCGUUCUUGGCUGUGCACCGUACUGUGUAAGCUUGAUUGAUUUGAUUUGAUUUGGGUUGGGUUGGGUUUGUUAAAAGUAAGUUCAUUCCAGGCUGUUGUGUUGUCUUCACUUUAAUGUUGUGCAUAUGCUAUUGGGAGAGCUGUGACCAAGACUGAUUUUUUCGUGUAAUUUUUCUUCUUGGUUUUUUCCCCUGAUCAAAAGAUUGUUUUUUUUCUUUUUUGAUGAAUAAAUCAAAGAGAUUGUUACAA